UGCAAGCGCCCGUUGGAUCAGAGCCGCUGCGAGGGGAUGGGACAACAUCCUGAAGGCCAGCCGCGCGGACUGCCUGAAAUUCGCGAGCGCGCUAGAGGACGCGUACAAGAACAACCCGUACCACAACCGCACGCACGCUGCGGACGUGGUGCAG